AGCGAUUCUAUCUGUGGGUCUUUCUGCAUUGGUUGGUUUAAAUGGGAAUUACAUGGUCUCACUUCGGUGCCCAAAGGGUGACUAGUCCUUCACUUACUUUUAACCGUAAAAGGAGAGGGUUUCUUUUAGGCUGGUUAGUAUGGACAGUUCUCACCGGUUGGAUAUCCCUACACAGACAACAACUGUGUUUCUUGUUCGUAGUAAAAAGAGUUAACAAUAUCUUGUAUUCUCAUGUAAAGAUCUUGUAUUCUCAUGUUAAGAUCUUGUAUUCUCAUGUAAAGAUCUUGUAUUCUCAUGUAAAGAUCUUGUAUUCUCAUGUAAAGAUGGAGAUAGUAUUUGCCCUUUAA